AUGUACAACCCCUUGCGCUCCCUCGCCCUCCUCUGCCUAGCCGCCGGCGGCCUGGUGGAGGGCAUCGAUGUCGACUUCACCUCCGCCUCCUCCAUCAAGUCGGCCACCUCUACCAUCGCAUAUGACAUGCUGUCCUCGUGGUACUACGGUAACCAGACCGGCAACAAUCCCGGCAAUCUACCGCCGCCAUACUACUGGUGGGAAGCGGGCGCCAUGUUCAUGCACCUUGUCGACUAUUGGUAUUACACCGGCGAUGCCUCGAACAACGCCGCAGUCAUCCAAGCAAUAUCAUGGCAGGCCGGCACGAACGGCGAAUUCCAGCCCUCGAAUCAGACGAGCGACGAGGGAAACGACGACCAAGCUUUCUGGGCCUUCUCCGCCCUCGCCGCCGCCGAAUGCAAUUUCCCAGACCCGCCCGCCGGCUACCCCUCGUACAUCGCAAUGGGCCAGGCGGUCUUCAACGUCCAAACCCCGCGCUGGGAUCCGAGUACUUGCGGUGGAGGACUGCGAUGGCAGUUCAAUCCCUUGAACCCCGGCUAUACCUACAAGAACAUCGCCGCCAACGGUGGCUAUUUUCAAGUCGCCGCUCGGUUGGCGCGCUACACCGGCAACGAGACCUAUGUCCAGUACGCCGACAAGAUGUGGGACUGGAUUGCUGCCUCUCCCCUCUACGAUGCCUCCAAUCCCGACCUCAUCCAAAUCAACGAUGGCGCCGAGGACACGGUGAACUGCACCAAUCCCAACCCGGCUCAGUAUUCCUACAACUAUGGCAUUCUGAUUGCCGGACUUGCCUAUCUCUACAACCACGUAAGUCGCUUGCCAUUUCACCCCUUCGCCGUUGCGGACGCAAAACGAAAAGGCAUUGUCAACGGCCUGUUCCAUACCUUCUCCGAACACAACAUCCUCGUGGAAGCGGGCUGUGAACCGUACAACAAUUGCAACACCAACGGUUUGACGUUCAAGUCCUUCACCGUGCGAUGGCUUGUUGUCGCGGCGCAGCUGGUGCCCUCGCUGCACGCCCAGAUCUGGCCCUACAUUACCGCAUCCGCAGCCGGUGCAGCCGGACAAUGCGACGGUUGGACCAACGGACAGUACUGCGGUUAUCACUGGACCACCGAUGUCUGGGAUGGCACGGAAGGCGUGGGGCAGCAAAUGAGUGCCAUGGCCGUCAUCAACGCGGCCCUCUUCAAUGUCGAGGCCCUGGCCGCCCCGUUGACUCUCUCGAGUGGCGGCAAGAGCAAGUCCGAUCCGGGUGCCGGUGGGACGUCGAGCACCACUCACACCUUGGCGCCCAUCACCACCGCCGAUAGAGCCGGCGCUGGUAUCGUCACCUUUUUGGUCCUGGCGUUUACACUGGCCGGGACGUACUGGCUUAUUGCAGUGGAGACGCCGUAAAGCACGACCAUGCGAGUGUUUGUUUUUGAUUCACGCAGCGACACGCUUCUCGAGGCGAAGCGUCACCCACCCGUGACGAGGAUAUGGAAGCGACGUGGUGCAGACACGAUUUGCAUAGGCAGGAUUGGGUCAACAAGAUUUGGCUUCAGGCUGCUUCACGCACGGCGCAGACGCCGCAUCUCUCCGAAUCGCAUCACCACAGCCUAUGCUGUACAGAUCUUGCAUUAACGGUCUCUCUUGCAUAAGGCGCGCGGACACUGAGAACAGUCCGCGAAUUGAUGCUGGGGUGGGAGGGACGAGUCUCCCGGGCAGGAGAAACGUCCGGGGUGAAAGAGCUGGAGCGCUCCGCGUGCAUUGAUUUGACUUGCGCGGGUGCAAAGGCGUUGGAAUACACGACUAGGUCUGUAACGGGG